AUGGCUUCACCACUGAAGUGUUAUAGCAGCAGCUGGCCUACCUGUUCUUUACUUCCUGGCUGUAUCGCUGUUGAUCUUCAAAAGAACAUCAACCCAAUAAUCUCUGCGUCAGGUCCUUAUAAAGGGUGUAUGUCGAAGGGGAAUGUUGUCGGAGGAUGGGUGGAUUUAAACAAUGCUUGUAUACUGUUUGAAAAAACUCCCAAACGGAUAGGUGUUUCAAUUACUGAGUCCCAUCGCAGUGGGUGUACGGAUGAUCCUGAAGAGGGUGUGAAAGAAGCUGGUUUUUUCACAAGAAAUGAGACUCCCCAUGUUGAGUUUGGUGGUGGUUUUCCACAUAGGCAAUAUGUGUUUAGUGCUUUAAGCUUUUGUGGCCGUGAAGGGUGUGUUGAACUUGGCAGAAGAUGGCAUUGUUUUGUGGUGAAAAUUGGACUUGGUAGUGAUGAGUUUGUGUGUACUAGUCUUAUUGACAUGUAUGCCAAAUGCGGAGAAGUGGACAGUGCGGUGAGAGUAUAUGAUAAGAUGACUAGUUUGGAUGCUGCUACAUGUAAUUGCUUGAUUUCUGCUUAUGCAAGGAAUGGUUUCUUUGUUCAAGCUUUUCAAGUCUUCAUGCAAAUUGGGAAUAUGGGUACUCGGCCAAACCAUUACACGUAUUCAACCAUGCUAGCAGUUUGUGGGACUAUUUCAGCGAUCCAAGAAGGAAAACAGCUUCAUGCCCAUGUUGUGAAGAUGCAGUAUUUAUCUGAAACAGCAGUGGGCAAUGCACUUUUGACACUGUAUAGCAAGUGUGGGAUGAUGGAAGAGGCUGAGAUUGUGUUUGAGAAUCUUGGGCAAAGGAAUAUUAUCUCUUGGACUGCAAGCAUAAAUGGGUUUUACCAGCAUGGUGACUUCAAGAAGGCACUGAAGCAGUUCAGCAUGAUGAGAGAAAGUGGGAUUGAGCCAAAUGAGUUCACUUUUUCAAUUGUUCUAGCAUCUUGUGGUUGUGUGAAGGAUUUCAUUGAUGGCCGUAUGUUUCAUACCCAAGUCAUUAAAAAGGGCAUGGCAUCUGGUGUCUUUGUGGGGACUGCCAUUAUAGACAUGUAUUCAGGACUUGGGGAAAUGGAUGAAGCAGAGAACCAGUUCAAACAGAUGGGGAGGGCAGCAUCUAAUGUGUCAUGGAAUGCUCUAAUAGCAGGGUACGUCCUCAAUGAAAAGAUCGAGAAGGCAAUGGAAGCAUUUUGCAGAAUGGUUAAAGAAGAUGUUGCAUGUAAUGAAUUCACCUAUUCAAAUAUCUUUAAGGCUUGUUCUUCUUUUCCAUCACUUGCAACUACUGUGCAGAUCCAUUCUCGGCUAAUAAAAUCCAACGUUGAGUCGAACUUGCAUGUGGCAAGCUCAUUAAUAGAAGCAUAUACACAGUGUGGCAGUUUAGAAAAUGCAGUGCAGGUUUUCACUCAGAUCUCAGAUGCAGAUGUGGUAUCCUGGAAUUCAAUUAUUAAAGCCUACUCACAAAAUGGGGAUCCAUGGAAAGCUAUAUUCUUGCUCAGGAAGAUGAUUGAAGAAGGAAACAAGCCUACCAGUGCAACUUUCCUCACAGUUCUUUCUGCCUGUAGCCACUCUGGCUUAGUUCAAGAGGGCCAAGAGUUCUUUAAAUCCAUGGUGCAAGAUUACAGCAUCCAACCAGAGGAGACGCACUGCAGCUGCAUGGUUGACAUACUGGGUAGAGCUGGGCAACUAGAAAAUGCACUAGACUUCAUCAAGAAAUUGACAAUGAAGCCUACUGCUUCAAUAUGGAGACCCUUGCUUGCAGCUUGCCGAUACAACAGUAACCUUCAAAUGGCAGAAUAUGUGGCUGAGAAGAUACUAGACUUAGAACCAAAUGAUGCAACCGUUUAUGUCACCCUUUCAAACAUGUAUGCUGAAGUAGGGAGAUGGGCUGAUGCUGAGAAUCAGAGAAGGUUAAUGGAACAGAAGGAAAUUUCAAAAGAACCGGGAUGUAGCUGGAUUGAAGUAAACAACAAGAUGUACAAAUUCUUUUCCCAUGAUAAAGCACACCCUGAAAUGCCAAAAGUAUAUGAGAAGCUGAAGCAGCUAGUGAGACAGAUACAAGACAUUGGGUAUUCCCCUCCUACAACAACAGUCCUUCACCCGGAAUCAAGACAGCCAAAGGAGCAACUGAUCUUAUAUCACAGCGAAAAGCUUGCAGUUUGUUUUGGCCUUUUAAGCUUGCCUCCUGGAAAACCAAUUCGUGUUUUGAAGAACCUUCGUGUCUGCUUGGAUUGCUAUUCAACUAUGAAGUAUAUCUCAAGAAUUACAGACCGCUAUAUAGUAUUGAAGGACAAUUAUAGGUUUCACCACUUCAAGCAGGGCUGCUGUUCUUGUGGGGAUUACUGGUGA